CGUAUUGGCGGUGGGACGCUGUUUGUUGCAUCAGAAAAUUUGGCUGUGCCCGAACCUUUAACAACAAUUUAGUUGCUAAACCAUUGCAUUGAAUGGACCAGAAUUUGUGGCAAAAAUGUUGAAACCAAUCCUGCAUCAACUUGCCACCAAACGGGUGGUGCUGGCCAGUGGAUCCCCCCGAAGACAGGAACUGAUUCAGAACAUCGGCCUCUCCAACGUCCACCUGUGCCCGUCGACCUUCGAGGAGAAUCUCAACAAAUCGGACUACUCGUUCGCCGAUUAUGUCGCCGAAACAGCCUACCACAAGGUGCUCGAAGUGUACAACCGACUCUCUACCGCCAGCUGCAGCGAUCCCUCCAAACGGCCAGACGUGGUCAUCGGCGCCGAUACGAUGGUCACCAUGGACGGAAAAAUGUACGGCAAACCUAAAACCCCCGAGGUCGCAUUCCAGAUGCUCAGCGAAUUGAUGGGCCGGCAGCAUACGGUCUACACGGGAGUGGUUAUCAAAUAUCACGACCGGGAGGUGAAAUUUACGGAAGCUUGCAAGGUGCAGUUUGGGAAAGCGACUGCCGAGCAGAUUCAAGCCUAUGUCGACACCGGAGAGCCAUUGGAUAAGGCUGGUGGAUAUGGAAUUCAAGGAAUCGGUGGAACGUUCGUGGAGAAGAUUGAAGGGGACUACUUCACCGUGGUCGGUUUGCCCCUGUAUCGGAUAUCGGUCGAGAUGUGUAAAUUGUUCGGGUAUGAUGUUACCAAUUGAUGCAUUGAUAGGUGCAUUUAUUUUACUGUUCCUUAUAAAAACUGACAACGGGGAAAUG